AUGGCCGUGGAACAUGAAAUCGCCACCGUAGCGGUGCGCAAUGAUCGAGACGAUGAUAUUAAAACCGUUCGUUCGACUGAACAACCCAUCGAUUACGAGAAUAAAAAAGAUGCGACUUAUCCACCCGAGAAUGCGAAUCGGUCGAACCCCGCUGGCUCGCGCAUCGGUUCCCUGCUGAGGGCUUUCGAGCAGCAACUGGUUGAGUAUAACCUGGAGGCGCGAGGCAUUGAGCGCGUUGCACCUGAUGAGCGCAUGAAGCGCCUGUCGUGGGUGUCGUACCUGCAAGCAUUCCUGCUGUGGGUGUCGAUCAACCUGGCAGCGAACAAUAUCACCCUUGGAAUGCUCGGCCCCGCGGUGUACGGACUAAGCUUCACGGACUCGGCCUUGUGUGCUGUGUUUGGCGCAAUUGCUGGCUCCCUGGUCUCCGCGUGGGUGGCUACCUGGGGUCCCGUGUCGGGUAUCAGGACUAUGGCGUUUGGCCGGUACUCGAUGGGCUGGUGGCCAAGCAAGAUUAUUGUUCUGCUGAACUUGAUUCAAAUGAUUGGUUAUUGUUUGAUAGACUGUGUGGUGGGAGGGCAGAUCUUGUCUGCUGUCUCGCCGGGAGGUCUCUCAGUUGCUGUUGGCAUUGUCAUCAUUGCAGUCAUCAGUUGGGUGGUGGCUACUUUUGGUAUUCAGGUCUUCCACUACUAUGAACGAUUUGCGUUCUUGCCUCAGGUGAUUGUUGUGUGCAUUCUCUUCGGCGUCUCCUCUCCCAAAUUCGAUCUAUCUACGGUCUCUCAAGGCGAUCCCCGAACGGUAGCCGUGUUCUAUCUCAGGCUAUCAUUCUUCUCCAUCUGCCUCAGCGCAGCAAUCACCUACGCCCCUCUCGCCGCAGACUUCUUCGUCUACUACCCCGAACACACCUCCCGCCUCUCAAUCUUCUCUCUAACCCUAACUGGCCUCGUCUUCUCCUUCACCAUGGCGCUCGUCUGCGGCAUCGGUCUCGCCUCCGGAAUCGGCGCCUACCCCGAGUACGCCGCAGCCUACGAUCUCGGCCAAGGCGCCCUCAUCGUCGAAGGCCUCGGUCCCCUCCACGGCUUCGGCAAAUUCUGCUCCGUAAUCAUCGCUCUAGGCCUCAUCGCCAACACCGUCGCCCCAACUUACUCCGCCGGCGUCGACUUCCAGAUCCUCGGCCGGUAUGCUGAAAAGGUACCCCGCGUGAUCUGGAACACUGUCGGCGUGAUUAUCUUUACUGUCUGCGCGCUGGCAGGUCGUAGUAAUCUCUCGGAGAUUUUCACGAAUUUCCUCGCUCUCAUGGGUUACUGGGUUGCUAUCUGGUUUGCUAUCUUAAUCGAGGAGUUUGUGUUCCGCUGGCGGACGGGCUAUCACUGGGCUGCGUGGCGUGAUCCGUCCAAGCUGCCCAUCGGCAUUGCGGCCUUUACGGCGUUUGUCGUCGGUUGGGUGGGUGCUGUUCUGUGCAUGGCGCAGGUGUGGUAUAUCGGUCCCUUGGCGAAACUUGUUGGUGAGUACGGUGCCGAUAUGGGUAAUUAUGUUGGCUUCUCGUGGGCUGCGCUUGUGUACCCGCCGCUCCGAUUCUUGGAGCUGCACUUUGUGGGUCGCUGA